AUGGCCUCAAAGUCUACACCUCGUGCAUAUUUUUCCCCAUUGACUAUUUUUAUGGUUGUUUUCGGCCUCAUCUUCCUUGCAUCCUCAGUCUCAGCUUCAUCACAAGCAUCAGCGGCGGCGCCGUCACCAUCAGUCGAAGUCGAACUCAUUUGUCACACAGACAACCCAGCAGAAUGCUAUCCCAAGAUCUUUCAACCAACAGAAGAAUUCCAAAUCGUCCAUGACGAUCAGGAGUUACCACAUGGCCUUCACGUACGAAUGAACAUCAACACUGGCGAGAAAGAGGCCAAGAUCAAUGACCCGAAAGAGACAAACCCGGCUCUAGAGGGUAUGCCUGUAGACCGUUCGAUUGUGGUCGUUGAUUCCGAAGAACCCGCUGAAGAACCGCAAUUGCCCGAAGGCGCACCUAAAUACGACCCCAAGGGCGCAGUCAAGCAGCCCCAGCAGGAGUCGAGCGAAUUCUACUCCAACCUCGAAUACGUCAAGAAGGGCGCGAACGGAGUUGACCUUCCCAUCGACGAGGCUCUCGAAUUUCUCGAAGAUAUCUCUCAUGACAUUUAUUACGGCCUGAAGAUCACUGAGACCUUUGACACCAUUAAAGCCCUGUUGUGUCUUAUGACAGACCCCAAGACGCCAACAUCGAGCAAAGGCGCUGUUCCUCGCGAUCAGCAGGCGGCCGCCAUCAUCUCCGGUGCCCUGCAGAACAACCCCACAGCCCUUGAGGAGGUGACUAAAGUGUGGCCCCAACUCAUGGAAGCCUCAUGCUCCGCUACUGAGGCUAAAGACGUGUUCAAGCUUGGAGACAGCUUCUACGCAUCCUUCAUGCCCUCGCAAGAGGACGAGUCUCCCGACGGCACCACCGAUCAAGAGGUCCUCCGCGCAGUGAACAAAGCCAAGGCUCAAGUCUCCGCUAUUAGAGGUCUUCUUAAGAGCCCGUCAAUUCGCGACCACUUCAUUGCCAACAAGGGCAUGGACCGCCUCCUUGAGGUUCUCGCCCCCGAGGAUGCCAGGUGGGACACCACGCAGCGCAAGACAGGUCAGCUUGUGCUUGACAGCUUCCUUGACGAAAACAUGGGCGCCGACCUGGGAGUUUGGCCUCUCUUCAAGGCCUCUGAGGCGGACACGUCUAAGAGGAUCGCCGACCGUGUGAACGAUGGCAACUGGAAGGCUGCCGUGAAGACCAUUAUGGAGCGGAACAAGGGCGACAAGGGCCACUGGAGCAAGGACCUGUACGACAGGUUGGAUGCACAUGAGCAAGCGCAGCUGAAGAAGCUGGGCAAGCAGGAGUUGUAA